GCAGCUAUUUUGUAGUUGCCUCCUUUGUUUGUGUAAUGUACGACUGGGGUGAGCAAGAACGAGUAUCAAAAAACCACUGACGGCCUUAGGUAUUGUCAGUACUCACGAUCGGACAAGAGGUCAGGUUGAUGCCAUUAUUAGAGUAGCCAUCCCGCUAUCGAUGAUUUACAGGUUGAGUUGAUCUGGAGUCGACACUGGUCCCUGAUGACCGUCAUGUACCUUGGUGUGCGCUACAUCGGAAUGAUAUAUGCCAUCAUCUGUGUUUUGGUUUAUGUUCCGACAAUUUCGGUAACCGAUACAGUGAGCCAUAUCAUGUCCGACGCAAUAGAAUACAUUAAUGAUGUCGCAAAUAUAAUGCUGGGUGUCAUCAUGAUCGUUCGGUUAUAUGCCAUGUAUCAGAAAUCCAGACGUAUGCUGAUAUUCCUCGUCGUCGUCUUCCUGGCUAUAAGAAUCACCAUCGGAGUGAUGAUCGCAAUAACGGUGAGCCGUUUUGUAGUCGAGGAACGCGUUUUUUCUGGCAAUUAUGAGUGCACUGUCGCUUUGGGGGGAAGUGUCCUACAAGUUCUGAAUUACAUCACUUGGAUACUCCUCACAGUAUGGGAGGUCCUCACACUGUGCCUCACAGUCUGGAUAGCUCUUAAACACUUCCGUGAACUGCGACAACAAUCAUCAGAAGGAAUAAUCAUGGACUGUUUCACGAUUUUGAUGAAAACUCACGUCACUUACUUUGCGAGCUUUGUUGUUCUUACUUGCAUCGAGCUCAUCGGUUAUCUUUCUCCCACGAUCUCAGUGUCCUCAUAUUCCACGGAGACUCAAAUUUAUAGUGGUUUCUCUGAAAUAUUUAUGCUCGUGCAGAUGUUUAUAUUGGGACCACGCCUCAUCCUAAGCAUUCGAGAAUAUCAUGCUAGGCUUGUGGCCCAAUCGGACGCAGCAACUGCUGUGGCUUCAAUCAAUUUCCAGGAGAGCGUCAGUGUCAACUAGCAGUACUAUGUGAAACGGGAGAAAGAUUUUCGAUGUGAAUUCGGUUCGUAUUUAUUCAAAAUUUCGUCUUGGUACUUAAAUAUUUAACUUAUUGGACGUACGGAAGUGAAUUUGAAAUGGAAAUUGGAUCU